AUGGCAGAACCUUCGUGCCUAGGAGUCGACUACUCGAACAAGUUCUUCUCGCCAGAAUUUGGCACCGUGGCCCUCAGCCUGACAAUAAGCGCAGAUCAAAAUGUUCAGGUCUCAUGGUGGGGCGGAAAGAAUGAUUCCGGCACAGUACAAGUGGUAUCCCUCUGGUUGGUUUGCCGCCAAAGGCGAAUGGUAAUCGUUGAUUCCGGCUCGUUUAUUUUUGGAUCUUCUCCUUCAUCUAAUUGGACAUAUCUUGACGAUUGCGGCAACACAAAAUUAUCCUACAACUGGACCGUGCCAGAUUAUGCAGAUCUUGUUUCGGGGUUUAAUAUUAUGUCGGAUGUCCAAUUCUCUUUCAUGGCAUCUAACCAGACUGCCAACGUGACAAGCCCUAGCUUCUCUAUUGUCAAGGCGGCCGCUUUCACCAGUACAACAUCCACGUCCUCGUCAUCUUCAAUAAUAUCAACGAACAUCCCGAAUACUUUAUCAAACCCGUCAGAUACGUCAACAACUCCAAGCCCUACUGCGAGUCUCAGCUAUCCAAAAAAGUCGAACUCAACUAGCCUUUCAACAGGCGCGAAAGCGGGCAUUGGAAUCGGAUGCGUAGCGUUCGUUCUUGUUUUUUUGGGCGUAUUCAUAUACAUGAAGCGACGUCGGACCAAAGACGAACUAUCGAAACAGCAGAGUGAGAAAUUCGAAAAGCCCGAGUUGAGUGGCGAGACAGCCCCCAAUCGGCCUGUUGAAAUUGAAGGAGCGGAGAUACAUGAGAUGGAUACGCAGGCUAAGGAGCGCCCGCCUAGAGAAUUAGCUUCCGGCUAA